AUGACUGAAUUGGUCGAUAACCCGGAGACGCUUGAACGCACCAAAGACAGGCGAUUCAAGUUCCAAAGCUUUAAUCAGCGUGUGGAGAGCAUCAAAGUCGACGUAUUACGGCGAUCGCGGAUAGUCAGCGACAACCCGGACGAGCAUGAUUCCUUUUUCUACGAGUCGCUUAUGGAGUGGAAAGAGCUUAACCGCUCAAGGCAUUUCCAAACGUUCUUCAAGGAGAUGGUACCACUCUGCAGGACGCUACCUUCCAUUGUCUACAACAAGGAAAAGAUUAUCGGUGUAUUGGUUGAGCAUUUACAAGUUGAAGAGAGCAUGGCAUUGGAUGGAAUAUUAGAUUUGGUGACCAAAUUAGCCAAAGAUCUGGAAGGGGAAUUCUAUCCUUACUUUAUGCAAAUUUUUACUCACAUGCUCCCAUUGGCUGCACGACGAGACGUGGUUGUCAUCGAGUCUCUCUUCAACUCUAUGGCAUAUCUUUUCAAGUAUCUUUCAAGGCAACUUCUCAAUGACUUAUGCGCUGUAUUCUCCAAAAUGUGUCACCUUUUGGGCAAAGAUCAACAUGUGCGAGCUCAUAUUCGACGAUAUACCGCAGAGGCAUUUGCAUUCUUGAUGCGGAAAGCACGUAAGGAGAAGCUGGCGGAUCUCAUCAGACACAUCUUGGAAUCGUUGCUUGAAAAUGGAACCGAGGAAUACAUCGAGGGCUUGUCAAUGCUGUUCUUUGAAAGCAUGAAGCAAAUUGACCAUCGACUCCAUACCAAAGCAGAGCCUAUCUACAAUGAAUUAUUGACACAGGUCCUUAAUCAUGAGAUGCCGGUUGAUCAAUUAGAAUCGCAUCCUCUUGUUGGGUUACUGCAGAAAUCGACGUUGCUUUUGAUUCACCAUGCCAACGCAGAACAUCUUGUGCCUAUUAUGGAUAUGGUCCUUGCAAAUCUGGAUGGUCAGCUUGAAUCGGCCAAGUUGGAUGAGAUCAAGACAGCCGUUCUCCUCUCUAUACUUAAUGUAAUGGUGACUGUGCGCAAAGGCAAACGUGUCAAAGACUUUGUGCCGAUCGUACAACGUAUGCAGCGUGUUGCACAAGCCGUCUUUGCACAACCCAGCAACGUCUACUCCGAUUAUCUUUACAGUGAAGCUCUCAAUGUGGUCGCUGGUAUCUUGACACUUGGUUCACUUAAGAGUGUCUUGAGCGGUGUUCGUAUGGUGCUCGAAUCUGUGAUUGCAUUUGACAAUGUCGACCUUGUUUAUGGCUUCUUCCUUGGUUUGUCAAAGUUGGAUUGGAAUGAUUUUGCUCAAGCUGCUGGCCCCUAUCUUGUGAGAUACACAGCUGCCAAGGUUGAAACCCAUCCUAGACAAACCAUCUUAUUGCUCUCGCAGAUUACUUCCUCGGGUGCCCUCGACUUGCCUGAAGAUCAUCUUUCAUCCUUUAUUACGCCCGAAGGUCUUGUACGAUUUCCAACAAACACGGUGCCCAAUAAGCUGUUACAAGUUCUCUCUGAUACGUAUGAUUGGACAAGCGAACGUGAUACGCUUAAUAGCCUUGAUUUUUCAAUGGAACAUGAUUCAUCUGCUAUCACUUUUCUCUCUGCUUCAUUGUCCUUACUUCAGCGUGUUCACCUUCCUGAAUCAGCUAUCCCCGCCAUUGUCCAUUUGAUUGAUUCACUUGACGAUUACAUCGCAUCCAACGAGAAAGAUGAUGCUGUCAUCAAUACCAGCUUCGUGGUCGCUCACAAGAAUUUCGUUCUCCAAGUGCUUAUUGGCUAUUGUAUUGAAACGAUUACAAAGCUCAUCACUACCAGCGGCAACACUGCAGCAUCGACAGAGGAUUUCUAUGACAAAUUUGUGAAUCAGUUAUUGAAGACCCAUGGACGUAAUGAGGUUGUUCUUCGUGGCGUUUUCCAGUAUCUUGAUCAUUUGCGAUCCAGCUCAACAAACAAUGAUAAAUUCAGCACCGAGCAGUUGACCAACAUCUAUCCUUUAUUGAAAUUCAACUUGUCCUCUUAUCAACCCAAUUGCCGCCUUUACACUUGCAAGAUCCUCGCAUUAUAUGACCAACCUUUGAUGAUCAAAGACAGCCAACACCGUGAAGAUGAACCAUGUGAGCUGGCGCAUGUUGCAACUGAUCUUGAAGAAGCCGAACUAUCAUUGCAAGAUUUCCGUGACAAGAUCAUGUAUACUCAAAAGCUUACGAUCAUUGCACGCACCGGGCGUUUGCCAGCCCUGUAUCACGAUUUUCCAUUGCGGAUGGCUCUUGGCUUGUUGAAUAUCCAUCUACGACCCAUGUGGGAUGAGGCUAUCAAUUUGCUUGCAGAAUGCGCUGAAUUGAAUGAGGAAGAAUACUGGAAUGUGUGCUUCAGGGAGCUCUCCAAGUUCGAUGAUCAGGCACAGCUUGUAUAUGAUGGCUUCUCCAAAAAGGCUUUUGCGAGAUACGCUGAGGAACCAGAAAUCAAGACUGGACAAGCAAGCAAAAUCGGCAACAUUUCAUUCGAGUGUCCAAACUUGAACAAGCAUCGCACUGUUGCAGACCAGGCCUUAACAGCAAUUCGAGAUGAAGCUUCAACAGAAUUUGCACUCCUCUUUAUUAAGCUCUCUCGUCAAGAAGAUGCAUACAUGGAUUAUUGGAAUUAUUACAAGUUGAUCCUUCAGUCAUUUAAACGCACCACAACGAUUGCUGAGAAGCAUGGAGAGCAGCUCAUUCCUUUGUUCAUGUCAUUCCUCGAUGUUGAAUAUAAGACUGCAUUGGAACGUGACGACUUGAUGGAGCAAGAUACCCAAGAACAAGGAGAGGAACAGGAUGACAGCAUGGAUAUUGAUCGAGAAUCGCAUGAUUUGGCACUCUUACCUCGCAACAAAGCAGUUGUCAAAAGCAAGUUAUUUGCAUGGCUCGACCUUUUUGGUGCUUUCUCCAAUCCCCGCAACAUGUACAUGAGCAAAGAAUUGCAUGCCAUCUUUAUGCGCUUGAUAGCGAAGAGCGACACCAAACUUCAAAAAGCAGCUCUCGAAUGUCUUUUGGCAUGGAAAGAUCGCCACGUGCGCCAAUAUGGUGAUAACCUUCGCAACCUUCUCGAUGAAGAACAAUUCCGUGAUGAGUUGAUGAUGUUCCUUGGCAACGAAGAACAGGCCAUGAUUGAUCCUGCUCAUCGUCGUGGGCUGAUGCCGGUUGUUAUGCGAAUUUUAUAUGGUCGUUAUGCCCAACGCGCUGUCAAAUCCAAUCGUAAGGUGGCCAUUCUCGACUCGCUCGUUUUCUGCAAAGACGAAGAGAUCCAGUAUUUCUUUGAUUUGCCAUUGGCAGGCUACAAGUCGAUUCUUCAGAUUUCAGAUGAAAUGAAGGAUGAAAAUGGCAAGAUUAUCGAAUUUAGUCUGGCUGAUGAAGGUGAUCGCAUCAUGAAAGAUAUACCCUUUGGACGACACAAUGCCUUCCUUGAUCUCUUGAAGGGAUUGAUGACCACGAUGAGCUCCAAGAUCAUCCCAUUCUUGUCUCCAUUCAUGAAGAUUUUGUUGUAUAUCGGCAAAUACACACAGCGCGGUGGCGACACUCAUCAAAGCAACCAAUUAAGAGCAAUCAACAAUGAAGCCCUACAACGCCUUAUUGAGAUCUUCAGAUUGCAUGGUGAUUUCGAUUUCAGUCCCUAUCUGCCAGCCAUCUUUAGCACAUUUGUUGCUCCACGAGUUCCUAGUCUACCCAACGAAGCAGCACUUAACAGAGCACCUAUCUUGGCAUUGUUUGCUACAUGGACAGAUCGUGUGGCACGCCUUGCAUACUUUAUUGAUUGGGAGGAAUCAUUACUACCCCAAAUGAUCAAAGUGUUGGGUGCAAAGAAGAUCAUCGAAUCGAAUCUUUCUACCAUCUUGGGUAUCAUUGAAGCUAUUCUUGACGCCUGCGAUCGUGACGAAGAGGAUACAUUGAAGGAACGCAUGAUCUUGCCUUACGUCGACGUGUUGCUUGAGAACUUGCAUUUCCGCCUUACCCAAUCGAAGGAUGAUGCCACAUUCGGUACCAGCCAGUAUACGAUUAGAGAAAUUGUCAUUGUCUCUCGACUCGCACCACUCACUCAAAAUGGCGAACAAGCAGCGGUCAUUGUUGAUGUAUUGCUACCAAGUUUGCGUAAGCCAAGCCGACAGAUUCCUGAAACAACAAAGAACCAUGUAUUGGAAUUAUGGGCUAAGCUUAUUCCAAUCAUACCUGGAUUCGAAUGCGAUUCGAUGCUUUAUCACCAAUACUACAACACUGCUUCGCUGCUCUUCUCGACAUUACGCAGUCGUGAAUGCCGUGUAUCAUUACAACAGCUUUUCAAGAUGUUCGUGCAAGUAAAUCCAGCUUUGAGCAAGGUGGGAAAGCUCAUUGAAGAUCUCAAUUCAUAUUCUCAAAAGCGACUUGACGAGCCUGAUUAUGAUCGCAUGCUUGACGCACUCAAUACUAUUGCUGACGAGUUACAUUCCGAUUUCAAUCACCAUCAUUGGUUACCGCUUUUGCAUCAAUUUAUCCACAACAUGCAUGAUGUUGAUGAGAUGGCUGUCCGUGGAGCUGCUACAAACUGCAUGAACGUGUUCUUGAGGUCUGUCAAUGAUAAAAAGGACGACGAGAAGGAAUAUGAGAAGUUGACUGGAUACGUCAACCAUAUCGUGUAUCCUGCUAUCAAACGAGGAUUGGUCAAUCGCGUGGAGCUCAUUCGUGUUGAGUUUAUUGGUGUGCUCGAUACAGCUGUCAAGACAUUCCCAACAAUGCCAAUCUUUGCUGAUAUGGUUCCAUUGCUUGUUGGUGGUGAUGAGGAAGCCAACUUUUUCAACAAUGUAUAUCAUAUGCAGAUUCAUCGACGAGAACGUGCCCUUGUUCGUUUGGCUGAGGUGGCUGAUACAGGUGUCUUUGGCAGUUCCACCAUCAAUGGCGUAUUGGUUCCUCUUGUCACCGCAUUCUUCUAUGAAUCCAACCGGGUCACAGAGCAUAAUUUGGUGAGCCGUGCCGUUGAAGCCAUCUCCGCUUUGGCCCGUCAGCUUAAAUGGAGCCAAUACUACCAACUUUUCAAGCAAUACAUGGAGCUCGUCACGCAAAAAGAGGAUAUGGAACGACUUUACGUGAGAAUUGUUGCUGGUAUCUUGGAUGCUUUCCACUUUGAUUUGCAAGACGUGGAAGUAUCGGAUGAAAUGGCAGCAAAGGUUGUGGGUCGUCAAAAGACUACGAUCGAAUUCCGUUCUUCUGAACAGCUCAUGGAUCAGCACAAAAAGGAGGAAGAAGAGGCUGCAAAGGAAGAUGACAAUGCACCCCAAGAGAAGGAAUCAAAGAGCCAUGCUGAAAAGAUCCAUGAUAUGGUUAUCACAAAGAUGCUUCCACAAUUGAACAAGUAUCUCCUCAACACCAAGAGCCGCAAAUCAGUCAUUAUUCGUAUGCCGGUCGCCCUUGGUAUUGCCAAGCUGUUGCGUAGGCUUCCCGAGCGAACGAUGCGUAUCAACCUUCCUUCCUUGUUGAUCAGUCUUUGUCAAAUGAUUCGUAGCCGUGCUCAAGAUGUCCGUGAUAUCAUUCGAGAAACCCUCAUCAAAAUCAAUGCCUUUUUGGGACCCGCCUAUUUGUCAUUUAUUAUCAAGGAGCUGCGUACAGCAUUGACCAAAGGCUAUGAACUUCAUGUGCUUGGCUACACUGUGAACAUGCUCAUCAGCAAGACCAUUCCACAUGUGAGCGUUGGUGGCCUUGAUCACUGUCUCGAGGAUAUCGUUCAAGUGCUUGUGAAUGAUGUAUUUGGUGCCACUGGACAAGAAAAGGAAGCUGAUGAAAUGACUGGAAAGACCAAGGAAGCAAAGAACCAAAAGAGUUUGGGCACGUUUGAGCAGUUGAGCAAAGUCAUCCACUUUAACAACAUUUACGUGAUGCUUGUUCCUCUCCGUGAUAUCAUGGCUGAAACCCAAAGUCUCAAGGUGUUGAACAAGGUCGACAAUAUUUUGAAGCGUGUAUCGACCGGCUUGGUGCAAAAUCCAGAAUUCGGAUCAUUGGAUCUUCUCGACUUCUCAUCCGCUUUGGUGACUGAGAAUUUGGAUGCAUUCAAGGUCAAACCCAAGGAAAACGUGGAAAAGAGUCAGCUUGAGAAGAAUUAUGAGGUGCAAUUGAAGCGACCUGGCACUGGCCCUGUGGAUCAUUACAAAGCCAAUGCAUAUCGAUUUGUCGCCUUUGGUUUGUCACUUUUCCAUACAGCGCUUCGUCGAGAUAAGUUUGAUGGGAAAGACCAAAGCCACAUACAAAAACUGGAUCCCUUCGCAGCGACGGUUGUCAACACCAUGCAUUCAAGCCACGUGCCAAAUGUCAUCCUUGCUUGCAAAGUCAUGCGUCUUUUGAUGCGUUAUCCUCUACGUUCUUUGAAACGAUUGAUGCCAGUGGUCAUUAAGCGGAACUUCCAAUUGAUCAAGCAAGCUAGCACCACAAAAUCGGAGACUGUGCAAAAUUGUAUCAAGCUUUUGACGGUGUGCAUUCGUGAUCCCACUUGGAAAAUCACUGACAACCAGCUUGUGUACUUAAUCGUGACCAUUCAGCCUGAUAUCGAAGAACCAGAACGACAAAGCACAGUGUUUGGUUUGAUACGAGCCAUCAUUUCACGUAAGAUUAUGGCGCCUGAGCUCUAUGAUUUGGUGGAUCGCAUCUCUCAAGUUAUGGUGACCAAUCAAGCUCGUGAGAUACGCGAUCAAGCACGUGCCACAUACUUUGCUUUCCUUAUGGAUUACCCUCAAAGCCAAGAUCGUCUCAAGUUGCAAAUGAGCUUUGUAAUCAAGAACCUUGAAUAUGUUCAUGAGAGUGGUCGUGUAUCGGUGAUGGAAUUAUUGCAUCAAGUCAUUGAUAAGUUUGGUGAUCAAAUCCUCUUGCAAUUUGUGGAGCCAAUGUUCCUGGGCUUGGUGUUACGCUUGAUCAACGAUGAUUCUGCCAGAUGUCGUGAAAUGUCCGCUGAAUUGAUCAAACAACUUGCAGCUCGUUGUACUGAAGAUAAGUUGGAGGUCAUGUAUCGUCUUUUGAAUACCUGGUCCGAUCAGCAAGGCAAGGAGAAUUUGCAACGUGCCGCCUGUCAAGUGUAUGGCUUAAUUAUCGAUGUACUUGGAGAUUCAUCAAAGUCACUCGCAUCUAAUGUGAUGCCUCGGAUUACACGAAUUCUUCAUGAGAAUCGAGAAGAGGAGAUGGUGGAUCAAGAAGAAGCUGAGACGGAUGAUAUGGAAGUGGACAUUCCUUGGGAAGUGGUUUACUAUGCAUUGAAUACGGCAAGCAAGAUCGCCACCUUGUUCCCUGAUCUCGUGCGGGACACCGAAUUUUGGGAACUUGUAUCAGUGUUGCUUGUUCAUCCCCAUACAUGGAUUCGUAUAUCGACAGCGCGAUUAUUUGGCUCCUAUUUCUCUGGUAUCGAUCCCGAACAUCGCACCUAUACCGAUGGCCAGCGUUGCGACUUCCUACAAAAGAAGAACUUGCGUGACAUCACAAUGCGAUUCUUGCAGCAGCUCAAAAGCGAAUACCUCACGGAUGAGCAAUCAAAUCAAGUUUUACGCAACCUUGUCUUUAUCAGCAAGUGCUUCUUUUAUUUACCACCAGAAGAAGAUACGAUGGAUAUGGAGACUUCAAACAAGGCCGAUGCAACAACAGAGGAGGCUGCUAAGGAUGAUGAAGCAAGCUCAAGUAAACUUGAUCAGCCUAUCAAACACAAUGCUCAUUAUUGGAUGCUCCGACGAUUCUCCUUUGUGGCUCGUGGUGGAUCUAAUACAACAGGCCAUCGAAUGCGUGCGUCAAUCUUUAAAUGGUUUGCUGCUGUCGCCAAUCACGUGCCUAGUGAUGAGUUACCGCCCUAUCUGGUAACCAUGAUCGCUCCCAUGUACAAGAUCACCAACGAUGAUAAAACCAAGGUGGAAGGAUUUGAUGAGCUGAAGCAACUAGCAAAUCAAGUACUCCAACUAUUACAAAAGCAGGCGGGCUCUACGAUCUAUUUUGCAGCCUAUCAACGUGUUCGCCAACGCAACCUUGAUGCACGAGAAGAACGAAAGGCCAAACGUGCCAUUGAAGCUGUUGCCAAUCCUGAAAUAGCAGCAAGAAAGAAAGCUCGCAAACGACAAAAGCAACAAAAGAGAUCAUAG